UGAGGUGUAGGUACUACGAUUCCCAGUAGGCUUUGCGCUCACAUAUUUGCCUUUCCCUCUGGGAGAGACGGGAAAUGUAGUUCUCUUGGCCUACUGGGUCACUUCUCCCGGCGGGCUUUACGCACUAUUCUCUCGGCUUUGCGCCUCUUUCCCCUCCCUCCCGCCACAGAGAGACGGGAAAUGUAGUUCGCGGAAGCCAUGCAGAGGGAGAACACCGAAUCCCAGCAGGCACUGCGUGUUCAUUUGCUUUGUUCAACCUUUUUUUGCCACUGCAUAGAGGGAUGGGAAAUGUAGUUCUCCCCCCUUGACUAGGGAGAACAACAGCCCUUCCCAUAACUAACCUAGAAGUAGGAAAGGUGGGUGACAGCUGGUGGUCUUCAGUGGUCAUAGUCUCAGAGAGCUACCAAGUUGGAUGCGCUCAAUUAUCCCCCUUCCAAGUUCAGGUCAUUGAAGAGCAUCCACAGAGCCAUCUGCUGCUCCAGGGAACACUGUGCCAGCAGUUUCUUUGGUGGUGCCAUGGUUUUCUGAACCUCUGGGUGCCAGCUGGCAAGGGGGUUUACAAAAUAUCCUGAUUCUGCUUACACAGAACAGCAGGAAUUGAAUAAUGAAGGGCCAAAAUCCAUUUGCUGUUGAUGUAAGAUCUUAACUGCAGUUUUUGCUAACAACUUUUCAUAUAAGCCUGAAGUCCACAGCUCGGCUGGGCCAUGGGGGCCAGCUAACAGAGAACAAUACUUAGGAAUGUACCUAUUGGUCAACCGGGAGAGCGGAUACCUUAUUCCCCUGGACCCCCAAGUUGAGAUUUAACCUAUACACUACUAACACGGCUGCUACUCUGAAACCUGAAAAUGGCAAGAAAUUACUGAUGACUGAAAAAAGAUAUAAUCAGUUCUGCAAACAAUAUAUUGCUUUUGGAUUCACAUCUCUACAAAUAGUGAUCCACCUCAACCUUUGUGUUCCUUUGCGGAGAAACUCUUAUCAAUUAACAGUAUGAAACCAGCGCAUUUGCAAUGACAUUUGAAGACAAUACACCCCAGGCAUGCAGGCAAAUAGAUGAGUUGACGUUCCCCUUGGAAGAUCUUUGCAUACCCCUAGGGGUACGCGUGUCCCUGGUUGAAAACCACUGUUCUAGAUGGAUACAUAGUGCAAAAGAAGACCAGGGUGGCUCAGGUCAUUAUUGAAAAGCUGAGGAGUUGUUUAAAAAGGUGGCGGGGAAGGGAACUUGAGAAGCAAUCAGCUCGCCCAUCCUCCCAGCCCAGCCAAUGGGAAGUGGAGGAUCCAAGAGGAGGAGAGGUACAGCAUGCAUUCUUUCACUAAUUACUGACCCUGAUGGCUCAACAUUGCUUCAGAAAUGAGUAUUUUGACAGCUUGCUGCAAUCUUGUAUACCCUGUCAACUUCGAUGUUCCAGUAAGCCACCUUUUUCAUGUCAGAGCUAUUGUAAUGAGAGUACUACAGGUCAAGUAAAAGUAUCAGAUGGAAUUCUUUGGAUUGGUUUGGGAAUAGGAGUGAUUUUAACAUUCACAGUGUUCAUAUUAAUGGUCUUGUUUAAAAUGAGGCACCCAAAACAAUCAAAGGAAGAACUGAAAAACACAGAGUCUGCAGUGGAGCUGAAUAUUAUACUCAAGGCUGAUACUGAGACCAGUGUGAAUACAGAUAUAAUUGGAGAUUCCCUCCAAAGUGAAGCAUCACUGAUGUAUUCAGAGGAGGAAUGCACUUGCGGGGACUGUGGCUUGGUGAAACUCCAAACUGGCUUUGAUACUUCAUUCCCAUUACCAGCCACAGAGGAAGGAGCUACUGUUCUGGUCACCACAAAGACUUCUGAAUAUUGCAGCUAUAUUCCAGGUGCAAUGAUGACUCUGUGAUAGGGAAAUGGAAGCAUUUUUUACUAUAUAAUAAUCAAUUAGCUCAUCCAGUAUAGGUAUACUCAUAAAUUUUAUUAUUUGCUGUCAGUAGAGAAAGAUAGUACAAUAGCUCUUACAUUUAACUUUCAUUGGUAUUAUAUUAUUUCUAAUUUUAGUCUCCCUUGGGAGCUAUUUACUGGAACUUAUAAGCUAUAAGAACCCCUGUGUGGGGAAAACUUUUCUGCACUAUCAGUAAAGACUAUAUUUACUAGUCAAAAGUUUGGAUGUGCAUAAAUGCCAUCAAUAAGCAAGCUCAAAUAUAUAUUUAAUGACUAUGUCACACAAAUAAAUCUUGUAACAAAAUGUUUUUGUAGUACUAAGAGGUGGAAAAAGAAAAAGGUAUGUAGCAUCACUUUUGUACCACUUCAGAGAUCCAGAUUCUGAGACUUUGGGGCCCAGUGAAAAUGGAAAUGCUUGCAAAGGAAGUGCUCUAAUACUGUAUACAUUUAUGGAAUAUGAAAUUAUAUCCAGUUAAGAUAUCAGCUGUGAGCUAUACUGGAAGAGGAGAUGGUAUUGCAGAACCUUUAACUGCCAAUCUGGUUCCUGAUAGUAGAGGAGGGCUUUCUUUUAUGGAUCAAACAUUUUCAAAAAAUGUAAAAUCUCCGUAUUUUAACAUGGGCUCCAUAAUGAUCUUUUGUACUUAGCAGGGAUUUACUAGGAGUAUCAACUAGCUACAUGCUAAAAAUUCAAUCUAAAAUUAGGUAUGCCUAGGUAUCCAAAUAAGUGUUAUGGUUUUCAAAGCUGCUGAGCACUUGCAGUUCCCAUUUAAGUCAAUGAAGGCUGUUUGUGCUCAGCAAUAAUCAGCUUUGUAUUACUAGAGCACUGUCUAUCCAAGUGUAAGGGGACAGUUAUCCCCUUACUAACGUUUAGUGGGGGUGUUUGGUUGCUAGCUCCCAGCACUAAAAAGGGAGGGAUCGAUG